UGCGUGUGGGUUGGCAUUGUAUGUACACAAUUGUAGAUAGCGCAACCCACCCGAGACCGAGUCGAUCACAAUGUAUACAUUUUGAGGCAAAGUUUUCUGCUGUUGUGGUCAACUUUGAACAAUAAAGACAAGGCAGAGUGUGGCCAUCAUGCCAGCUCCAAUGAGGGGAGAACUCUGCAAUGCGCUGCCAGAAGUGGCCAGAAAAGCAUUCCGCUCUGGACACUACUUCAGGGAAAGUACUUCUGGAAUGUGUCAAGGUUAUGGACAGACCAAUCUAGUCAUACUGGAAAAAAACGUAGCAGAGGAUUUUGCAAAGUUCUGUGCCGCUAAUAAAGGACCCCUUCCGGUUUUGUAUCAAUCAGAAAUUGGGCAAGUUACAGCACCAGGAAUCACACAAACAGAUUCGGAUGUCAGAACAGACUUGCCAGCUUACAACAUCAUUGAAGACGGUAAAGUCACCCAUACAGUGAAGAGCCUUCUGGGCUUCAAGGAGAUCUUGAAAGACUUUGUCUCCUUCUACCAGGGAUGUAGCUUCUCCUUCGACAAAGCCUUACUCUCUGCAGGCGUACCUUUAAGAAACCUGGAGCAGAAUUGUUGUGUCAGUGCAUACAGAACUGGUGUGAUGUGCCAUCCGGUAGCGCCAUUCAAAGGCCAUAUAGCUGUAUCCAUGAGACCGAUACCAAAGGAGCUUGUCGAGACGGCGUUCCGUGUAACUCUACCACUCACUCGGAACCAUGGUGCUCCCAUCCAUAUUGGAGAUCCAGCUUUGAUUGGGAUAUCUGACAUAACCAAGCCAGAAUUCUGUGAUCCAUUGAACUUCCAAGAAGGAGAUGUUCCUGUCUUCUGGGCCUGUGGUAUUACUGGAACAGAAGCCAUUUUGUCUCUCAAAUGUCCGAUAGCUUUCUCCCACUAUCCGGGAAGCAUGUACAUCUCAGACGCCCCGACAGACCUUGAUGAUAAAACCAUUGAUCAAGACAACCCAGAAGAGAACCCUAAAGUCAUUCCUCUAAGUGAGAAACCUUACUGGGCGAGUGUGACUAGUGAGGCGGUCGUCAGAAAGAUUCAGCAAUUAGAGGUGGCUAUGGCUGAAGAUUUAGGCAACAGGAAUAUUGGAAAUCUCGUUGUGCCCGGUGAUCUCCUGAAGUCGGCCCUCGCUCUCUCCCAUGCCUCAUCAGUUGCCGUGACAACAGGCUUCCCCUGUUUCAUCAAUAACAGGAAUCCGUAUGAGGAUGACGGACCGCCGGGGGCAAUUGCUAUUGCCAUGAUGCUACAAGCUCUCGGGAAGAAGGUGGAUUUGCUUGCUGAUAAGACGCUUUAUGGACCCCUGACUACAUUGAUGGAAACGUUGGUGGAAAAACAAGUUCUUCACAGCCCCAUCCCCGUAGUGCUGUACCCACCUGAAGGACAAGAAGACAACAUGGAAACAGCCAAGACAUUCAUGUUAAAAGGUAGCAGCCCUCGGUACGAUCAUCUCCUAGCUAUUGAGAGAGUAGGCAGGGCAGAGGAUGGACGGUACUACACCAUGAAGGCUAUUGAUAUUAGCAAGCUGGUUGGAGGUGUGGAUUGGUUGUUCAUGGCAGCUGCUGAGAUGCCAUUGGUUCAUACCACAGGCAUCGGAGAUGGAGGCAAUGAACUGGGCAUGGGUAAAGUCAAAGAUAUCAUCCACCGUGACAUCCCCAAUGGACCCACCAUCGCCUGUGCCAUUGCCUCAGGCUACCUACUCACUGCUGGGGUAUCUAACUGGGGUGGUUACGCCUUAGCUACAGCCCUGUACCUAGUCAGUAGGUGCCCUAUCCAUGAUAGAUACAGAAGGAGGGCAGUCGGGUACCCACCGACGGAGAAAGAGCUGGAGAGGUCUAGAAAGGCAUUGCCGGAUGUUGAGCGGGAGGGGCAGAUGUUAGACAUCCUGAUCAGCCAAGAGUUCUUUGACAUGACAGGGACGGAUGUCAGGAAUGUGGACGGACUGUCCUUUCAAGACGUCCACACUAAGAAGAUUCAAGAGAUACUUAGAGUCAUUGGAGAAAACUAAAAGAUGAUAACCAGUGAGUUGGAGAAUCUAAAUCAGGACUGACAUAAACCAAUUGUAAUCAGAUAAUAUUUUUCACUGAUUUAUACCAAAGUGAUGAGACUGAGUAAUUUGUAUUCUAUAAAACGAUAAAAUGAUAUAGUAUUUUUGUAAUCUUUAUGGAUAACUAUUUUUUCUCUUGUUACAAAUAGUUAUAUAGUUUUAAAUGGGAGUGUGAUUCUCGGAUUUUUGUUUCAAAUUGAACUUUGAUGGAUGUUUUAUAGGGGAGAAUACCAGAUUUAUGCAAUUAAAUAUUAUCAAGUUUCAUGCAGGCAUGCAACUUAUCAAUUAAGCAGCUGAUAUUUGUUUUUCACCAAUUUAAGUGACAUAGAAAGUGGAACUUAAAAACACUGUACAAUGUUUUCUGUGCCAGGCAACUUGCUCAUGAACAAGUUAAGAGUACCAGUGUGUACUGUUUGAAUGUAUGGUGAAAUAAGUUGGAGCCAGUGAAAAGUGUUGGGUUAAAAGCCAUUUGCGAGUUAGAUUUGAAUACUGUUCUGGUACAAUGACGUGCUAUAAUCACAAGUUACCACCUACAUGCUAAGAUUAAUUGCAUGAAGUGCAACACAAGCUAUUUUUGAGGUACCAACCUUUUUCAACCCACCUACUGUCUGAUCAUCUACUGUGGUUUUGAAUGACAGACAAACUAAUUAGUAUUAUGAGUGUGGUGAUUGCAUCUACACAGUACAAAGUCAACCCUCCUACUGUGUGACCAUUCAAUGUCAUGUACCCAGGGGUUUUGAAUUAUAUAUCAGUUAUGCAAGCUUGCAAUAUUAUGAUAUAAUGUGCUGAUUGCAUCUAGCUUAAAUGGACAUGGCACACAAUCGACCCUCCUAUCUGUCAAAUCAUUAUUUCAAGUUGACAUCAUUUUAUUGUUACAGGUUUCCAGUAAAAUUUGUGUUUUCUUAAUAAUUGAAAGUAAUGACAUUAUUACUCCAGAACUACAUGAUGUAUUUUUCCAACUUAUACAUCUGAAAGAAGUUUGUGUGAGGUUAUAUCCUAGUCGAUUUUGCUUUGUUUGCUUGUACGAUUUGUUGUAAGUUCGGUUGGUCAAGUGUCUUUUCUUAUAAAAGUAUUUCUAUUUGGCCUUUUGACUACUCCGCCAUUUUUGCCUCUGCUUUAUUAAGUGCAUAAUAUAUUUACGUUCUUUCUACGUCUUUGUUCUUUUUCCUUCAUUCAUUCAUUAAUGGUUUAUUCUUUAAAAACAAAUUUCCCAUGGCAACAAAAGGUUAAUUACCAAAAAAUAUUGAAUAAUGUACAUUUUGUUAAAUUGCCCUCUACACUUACUUGUAUGUAUAUUUUGCAAUACGGAGGUAGCGCUGAGCGAUGAAAUGAAUUAAUAAAAAUCUUGUUAAAAUAUGUUCACUUCGACCUAACCAUAAUUUCGGUCCAAACCAAAAGUGCAAUCAAAGUUUUUUAUACUUUUAUCCAGAACUUACUAACGAGAAAGAAAAAGUUUCGUAUGAUUUUUCAAGGCAGCUGAAAACUAAAUUGUAUGCCACAAUUUAUCCUUUAAAUUGUGUGUCAUGUUGAUAGUAUAAAACAUUGUGAGAAAUGACUACCUUUGAAGUAGUUUAGUCUAGGAGAAAGAGGUAAUUAUCUUCAGGAGAGCACACAAUUCUAAGUGCAACAAGGGUGUUUUUUUUCUUUUGCUAUUUACUUGGAACGUUGAUGACCAAUUUAACCCAAAUUUUCACAGGUCUGCUUUAAUAACAUUGUUGGGAUAGGCUACGCCUAGUAAGGGGUACUGGUCUUUAAAAAUUACCCAAAGCAUACCUUUACUUACAAGUUGGUGUGAAUGAGCAUUCUUGCGAUAUUUUGUUUAUUACAACAAUGUUUUGAUAUUUUGGGGUAGGAAUGGGGGGGGCGUUGGUGUGGGUUAUAUGAUUGAACCAUGUGACCCCUUUUCUUGUGAAUGGUUUUACUCAAAAAUUGUUUUCAUGACAAGUUAUUAUAAAUUGGCAAGGAGAGUAUUAGCCCAUGCAGUCAUGGAACCAACAUAACCUACCUAAUAAUGAGUAAAUAUUGUUUGAUAUGUUCAACGAAUAAUUAAUAAAUCCUGGCUUAGAGUUCUUGUCUGGCUUGAA